UAACUCAUUUGAUUUUUUUUUUAAAUUGGAAGAUAUUUUUAACUAGGCCAGAGGUAAAGCUGUUUGGAGUGGAUUCUCUGAAAGGAGUAAUGUCUGGUAGUCCUUCUUUGGUCGCUCCCUGCAGUUCCAUCAAACAAACUACUCCAGAUACAUCCCGUCAGUUCAAGGUGAUGGACUACGCUUAUGAUGAUGACCUGGAUGAACUGUGUCCAGUUUGUGGAGAUAAAGUAUCCGGUUAUCAUUAUGGUCUGCUGACCUGUGAAAGUUGCAAGGGAUUUUUCAAGAGGACUGUUCAGAAUAGCAAGCGCUACACUUGCACUGAGAAUCAGAAUUGCAAAAUAGAUAAAACCCAAAGGAAGAGAUGUCCAUAUUGCCGUUUUCAGAAAUGCUUGACAGUGGGGAUGAGGUUAGAAGCUGUCCGUGCAGACAGAAUGAGAGGAGGAAGAAACAAAUUUGGGCCAAUGUACAAGCGUGACCGAGCCUUAAAACAGCAAAAGAAAGCCCUGAUACGAGCAAAUGGCUUUAAGCUCGAGACUGUGCCUCAGAUGGUGUCAUCGGGGCAGACUGACUAUUCACUCUCAACUGCCAUCCAUAAUAUACAUUCUGUAUCCAAAGGCAUGGCACCUAACCCAGCCACUUUACCAGCUACAGAUUAUGAUAGAAACCUAUAUGGAGCGCCAUCAAUCGGCAUGUCUGUGCCAAACCAUGGAGCACUGCCAAACUAUCAGUACACCUCAUUUCAUAACCGGACAAUCAAGUCUGAGUACCCAGACCACUACGCAAGUUCACCAGAAUCUUUGGCUGGCUACCCUUAUCCAGACACCUAUCAAUCCAAUUCUCCUCCUACAGUCCCACAGCUGAUUCUAGAGCUCUUACGGUGUGAACCUGACGAACUUCAAGUCCAAACUAAGAUUUUGACGUAUCUACAACAGGAACAGGCCAAUAGGGGAAAACAUGAAAAACUUAGCACCUUUGGUCUUAUGUGCAAAAUGGCUGACCAAACCCUCUUUUCCAUAGUUGAAUGGGCACGCAGUUGUAUAUUCUUCAGAGAACUUAAGGUGGAUGAUCAAAUGAAACUCCUGCAGAACUGCUGGAGCGAGCUGUUGGUACUGGACCAUAUCUGCAGACAAGUACAUCAUGGGAAGGAAAACAGUCUUCUUCUGGUGACCAGCCAAGAGGUUGAGCUAUCUACAAUUGCCAACCAAGCUGGAGCAACUCUCAUUAACUUGGUAUUGAGAGCUCAGGAGCUGGCAGCUAAACUACAAUCUUUACAGGUUGAUAGAAGGGACAUUGUCUGCUUCAAGUUUCUGCUCUUAUUUAGUCCUGAUGUCAAGGUUUUAGAGAAUCGACAUCUGAUUGAAAGUGUUCAAGAGCAAGUCCAUGCCGCCCUUUUGGACUACACCAUGUGCAACUACCCACAGCAUGGGGACAAAUUUGGACAGCUGUUGUUGAGGUUACCUGAAAUCCGUGCAAUAAGUAUGCAGGCAGAGGAAUACCUGUACUACAAACACCUGAGUGGGGAGGUGCCAUGUAACAACCUACUGAUUGAGAUGCUGCAUGCCAAGCGAGCUUAAGACGUACUGU